ACACGGAACUGCUUUCCGCUUGCUAUGAUGUAGGACCCUUUGGAUAUUUGGAGGCUUUUACUUUAGGUUCGGAAGACAACCAAACGUUUUUUUUUGUUUUUUCCCCCACCCCUCUCCUGUUUUGCUUCUUUGGAAGCGCCUUUGAGGACUAGAAUAAUUUGUCUGCCAGCUGCUUGGUGGCCACCAGCACCAGGAUGAGCAACAGCCACCCCCUGCAGCCGCUGGCCUCGGUUUCAGAGAUCGACCACGUCCACCUGCUCUCAGAGCAGCUGGGUGCACUGGCGCUAGGCGAGGAAUACAGCGAUGUCACUUUCAUAGUGGAGGCCAAGCGGUUCCCUGCACACCGGGUCAUCCUGGCCGCCCGCUGCCACUAUUUCAGGGCGCUGUUGUACGGUGGCAUGAAGGAAUCUCAGCCCCAGGCAGAGGUGAGUCUGGAGGAGACGCGAGCGGAGGCCUUCUCCAUGCUGCUGCACUACUUGUACACGGGCCGCGCCAGCCUCAGCUCGGCCCGCGAGGAGGUGCUUCUCGACUUCCUGGGCCUGGCCCAUCGCUACGGCCUGCAGCCACUGGAGGACUCCACCUCCGACUUCCUACGCACCGUUCUGCACACCAACAACGUGUGCCUGGUCUUUGACGUGGCCAGCCUGUACUCCCUGAAUGCACUCGGCGCCGCCUGCUGCUCCUACAUGGACAAGCACGCGCCCGAUGUCUUGAACUCUGACGGCUUCCUCACGCUUUCCAAGACGGCGCUGCUGACAGUGGUGCGGCGUGACUCGUUUGCUGCCACUGAGCGCGAGAUCUUCCAGGCCCUUUGCCGCUGGUGCCGGCAACGCUGUGAGAGCGACGACACACAGGAGGUGAUGGCGGCUGUGCGCCUGCCGCUCAUGACGCUGACGGAGAUGUUGAACGUGGUGCGGCCAUCAGGCCUCCUCAGCCCCGACCACCUGCUGGAUGCCAUCAAACUGCGCUCGGAGAGCCGCAACAUGGACCUCAACUUCCGCGGCAUGCUCAUACCGGAGGAGAACAUCGCCACCAUGAAGCACGGCGCUCAGGUGACGAAAGGCGAGCUGAAGUCAGCGCUGCUGGACGGGGACACUCAGAACUACGACUUGGACCACGGCUUCUCCAGGCACCCAAUCGAGGAGGACGGCCGGGCCGGCAUCCAGGUCAAACUGGGCCAACCGUCCAUCAUAAACCACGUGCGUCUGCUGCUGUGGGACAAAGACAGCCGCUCAUAUUCUUACUACAUCGAGGUUUCCAUGGAUGAGCUGGACUGGGUUCGUGUCGUUGACCAUUCCAAGUAUCUGUGUCGGUCCUGGCAGAAUCUCUUCUUUGCGCCAAGAGUGUGCAGGUAUGUUCGCAUCGUGGGAACGCACAACACGGUCAACAAGGUCUUCCAUCUCGUGGCCUUUGAGUGCAUGUUCACUAACCGCACCUUCACCCUGGAGCAAGGACUGCUGGUGCCCACUGAGAACGUGGCCACGGUGGUGUCGUGUGCCAGUGUGAUCGAGGGUGUGAGUCGGAGCCGAAACGCCUUGCUCAACGGUGACACGCACAACUACGACUGGGACUCAGGCUACACCUGCCACCAACUGGGCUCGGGUGCCAUCGUCAUCCAGUUGGCUCAGCCCUACUGCAUUGGUUCCUUAAGGUUGCUGCUUUGGGACUGCGACGAGCGCUCCUACAGUUACUACAUCGAGGUGUCCACCAAUCAGCAGCAGUGGACCAAAGUGGUGGACCGCACCCGAGUGACGUGUCGGUCCUGGCAGACACUCAAGUUUGACAAGCAGCUGGCCUCCUUCAUCCGCAUCGUGGGCACUCACAACACUGCUAACGAGGUCUUCCACUGCGUCCACUUCGAGUGUCCUGCCCAGUUGGACACGGAUGUGAAAGAAAGCAGCCCGAGCCAGGACGCCUCAGAUUCGGCCCCAUCCUCCUCCUCGCAGCCACCUCGACCUCAGCGGCCGUCGCGCACGCACAGCCUGCUGCCCUCUAACUCGUCUUCAUCUUCCUCACAGGCCAAUCACCGUUAACGACAACACUGCCACCACGGCGCUCCCUACUGGAGAGUGUUCGGAGGACUGCCAUUUUUGCACAGCCGUCGUCUCACCAUCAUAACUCGUGCUGCUUUUUGUCACGUCCACGCGCCUUUUCAAGGCUCCGGUCUUCCCGACUCGUUUGAUACGUUUUUUGUGUGACUUUGCUACUUUGUAGACUCCAGCUCGCUUCAGAGUUCCUAUCAAAUGUGAUCUAUUUUGAAGAAAGCGGGUGGCUAUUUUUGCAACGCCUUUGUAUGCAAACAGCACUUAAUCCCAUGAUGAUGUCUUUGCAUAUUCAACCAGCCUCCUCCCAUUAGUGUUUGUUGACUAAAUGUGUGGUCCUCUCCCCCCAUACCUCAAUAGAAACCUGACUGAGAUUGACACGUCUUCAUCGACAAAUAUUACACACUUGCUGACGAGAAAAGCAAUAAGUUGAAGGAAAUUGGGUCUGAGGGGUUCAGACCAAAUCAUUCACGCACUCGGGCUGCAAACAAGCAAAAAUAACAAACUUUACAUGUCACGAGCAGCUGCUAUUGGCACUUUAUAAGACUCAAGUUGUGGAAAUAAAGCUUGCGUCUUGGGGUCUUUUGACUGACGAAGUACUGGAGCUCCUGGUAUGUUAAAUGAAGUUUUGUGUGUCCAUGUGUGUGUGUGUGUGCUUGAAAUGAAGAUAUCAGUGCUUGCGGUUGACGUUUCUUGCACUUUGGAGUAUGUUGAUUUUUUUUUUUUUUAAAAGCACAUGUAAAUGAUUGUGUCUAUCUAUUGUUAUGAACAUACCCCUCUGAUGCAAGUCCUUAGACCCCCUUACCUAUUUAUUAGGAACCCCAAGAUUUUGAUCUAUUGCGUCAUCCUUAUGAUUUUCACAAUCAAAUCUGUUGAGAGGUUUUGUCUGUCCCAUUUACUGUUCUUGAAUUGUUUUUUUCUCAUAGUGAACCUCCCAACAGAAUAUCCAGCCUGGGGAAGGGAAUCCUUUAUGAAACUAUUCCCUUUAUGAAACUAUCAGUCUGAUGGAAAUGUGGUUUGUUUGUUUGCUUUCAACUUCCUGUAAACGUGUUCACGAACGUCAGUUCAUGUUCUGCUCAGCUUCUGUCCGAAGCAGAACGGUUUUUGUUUUGUUUUGUUGAUAUCCUCCUGAGUGUCAAAUAACAUUUAUUCCCACUAAUGUUA